ACUAAGAAAUCCCAUUUCAAAUACCAAAGAUUAUAAAUCGUUUCGAAGUGAUACGAGGCAGAUAGAAUCACUCUCGUGCAAUUGUGACCUGGACGUGAACAAUAAUAUCAUCCUGAUGAAUGUGAUAUAUUUUAAAUAAGUGACCGUUAUUAUUAGCUGCAAUUCGAUUCUCAGGGAUAACAAAGAUAACUGUGAUUUUUGAACUAUUCAAUAAUACGAACGAAGUAGAUAAAAAUAUAUUAUGCGAUCCGUUUCUUGACAGAAGAUUAUCGGAACGGAACGUCAAAAUGAAUGCUAGAAGUCAGACUUUCGAACUUACCCUGAAAGGUAGUCAAACGUACGAUGCUGUUUCUAGCCUAUUUCACACCAUACUGCUACAUCGUACCCUCGGUAAAUUCGAGUACUACGAGGGUACCAAUAGGUAUAAGAUGGGGAGCAUAGGGUACACUGACGUUAAGUGCGACUUUAUCGACCUCCAUUACGUUUGUUGCUCGUCCUCGGCUCUGCUUGGUCUAGUGAACGGGGAAAUCCUCAAAUUCUCGAACGCGAUCCACGAGAGUGAGAACAACGGCUAUAACACUGGCCAGAUCAGCCUGGAAUUCUUCGAGAGGCGACCUCAGAAAUGGCCGCUGUACUCCGACUGCGUCCCUUGGGAAGUAUGGACAGUAAGGUUAGAUUUAGUGUCGGUGAAUCUCGAUAGAUGGGGCGAGUAUCGUGAGAAAGUUGGACAGGCGAUAAGUGAUAAGAUUAUCCAUAUAACGGAUAUCAUGAACAGGCACGAAAAUUACAUACCGGUCGUUUCGAACCGCAGCGAUUUGGAAUACGUUUUCAAUACUGGCCUGCCGGAUGUUCAGCCUUAUCUCUUCAAGUUUGAUUACUCCGUUAACGGACCGUCCUCUGCAGUUAGUAUGGGUUCGACUGUGCGCAAGCUUCUCAGAGAAACAUUUUCGUUUUAGAUCUGUCGAAAAUUAUCAAUGACAUAAACGUUUUUCAGCACUGGUCAGGUUUUCACAUCACAGAAAUGAGAUAGGGUUCAUCGGAACUCUCGUCAACUUAUUUUCAAGAAUUUUGUUUACCCUAGUUGGUUAUUAGUUCCGCAAAUUAUUCAUUUGGUACAAAUUGGAUGAAAAUUUUUCAUUGCGCUCUUAUAAAUAUGAAGUAGGACAUUUUUAAGUUUGAGGUAUCAGUCAUGCCUUCAGUUGAUUUUUAUUUAGUUGACAGUGUGAAAAGGUAAUGUUAUUAUCUUCUAAAAAUGAAGAAUAUCAAUAGAAAUAUCCACAUGAUUAGGUAUAUUUCUUUUUUAAUUCAUUCACGUGUGAGCAUUUUUUUGAAUCCUACAAGAGGAAAAUGAUGGAGGGAAUUUUCAAACAUUCUUGCUAUAAACGUGGAAACAUAAAAUAAACAAUUAAAUCCCUUUGUCAAUUUGAGUUUGCAUGAAAUAAUUGAUAAAAAUUACGGAUUUGCGUGAAAACUAUCAAAACAAAAACAUGAUAUGGAAGAUUUCGAAUUUGGCAAUAUACGAGUUGAUUUUGAAAAUUAUACGUACACCGUAUAUUCCGUAUUUUAACAGUUGGUCGUUUCCUCUUCUAUAUCACUUUUUCAAUCUCACGAAGUCAAUUUUCAUUUGACACAGAAAGAGCUUAUGUCCUCAUCCAAAUUUCCACAUAGGAGUUCCUAAUCAAUUCGUAAGAUAUUCAUUGAAAUCAGAUUUUGGAAAUAUAGGAAUUUCGCGUUCUACAAAUUUUUUCCAACAAUCAGUUUGUUUUCAAAAAUUUUUACACUUGAUUUAAUACUACACUCAGCAUACCUACAAAAAUGGUAAAAAAGUGCAAAGAAUUGAAUUAACUUUGUUAUUACACAGGAAAUGUAUAUACAAAUUUUGUUUUUUAGUUUCGAUAGAUGUUAUUGUAAUAAAUUUCUCCUAGAUCUUCAAGUUAUUGUUUGCCCGUAUGUUACAAUUCAAAGCAUAUUUGAAUCUUUGAUUCAAACUGUUAAUUUCUCAUAAAAGAUUUUCAAACUAGUCAUAAGCUUGCUUAUCCGCGCAUAGAUUAAAUGGAAAAUUCAAAACCUUCAGUUUGCCUUUUAGCAUCACCUGGAAAUCUUAAUUUUUUUAAAAUAUUUUAGUUCAGAAUCACAUUUUGCGUUCCUUUACUGCUUUAUCCACAUAAUAUUUAUUUGAAGUAAGACAAUCCUAUUAUGUUCCAAUAUAUAAAAUAUAUAUACAAAUUCAAAUUGAAUAUAGUACAAAGUACUGUUAUCAGUAAAGUAAGGUGAUAUUAAUGAGAAUUGUUUGGGGUGUGUAUGAUCAUAACAGACUUUGUACAAUGUGAAAAUAAAUUUUAUUUAUGGUAUAAUGUUUGUGUUUGUUUUUGUGAAUGUUGGUCCAAUAGAUUUUCUGGAUAGUAGUAUUUAAUUAUAGGCGUAUAGAUUUGAACUAUUCAUGUUUUUUAAGUAUGGUGAUUGGUUGUGAUGACCUUAUUUUGUAUUCAUUGUUAUGUAAGCAUGAGUUGAACUAAACCCCUUGAUUUUCUCACAGAAUAUAGUGAAAUGACAAAUAAAUCUUUGUACAAUAUAUGGUGAAAGAGAUUUCACAUAUUAUAUACUUACUAGUUUCUUAUAUUUAUUUCGAAUGGUGAACAAGGUGGGUGAAUUUUGAUGUACUGUGGCAGAAAGCUGAUAAAUAGCUGCCACACAAUUUUUGAUCACUUUUUUUUUGGGAAAUAUUGAAGCUGCAAACGUUCAGCUUGCCAGCUAUUUCGGGUAAUUUUUGAAUGUGAACAAGCUCAUUUUUUUCGGAAAGCUGCAGUACUAAAAAUCGUUUGCCCACCCUGUAAUUAUGAGUAGUCAUUCUGAAAUUUUCAUUGUGAUAUAUUUUGAGCACCACAAAGCAUAAAACAAAAUUCUAUGAAUAACGCACGUUAAAUAAUACAUCGUGAAAAUAUGUACAUAUUCAAAACGGAUAAUGUUAAAUAUUGUAAAUACUUGUGAAUAGUUUCCAGUUUAUUAUUAAAUGUGAUGUCAAAUUAAUGAGAAAAAAAUAAAUUUAUCUAUCUAU